CAGAGUUUGGUCUAAUACGCGGGUGGUUUAUACUAAAAUUCGAGCAGAUCUAAUUAAUUUUUCUUUUCUUUUCAGAAAAUAAAACAUUUCCUUUCUUUGUUUUUAUUUGUUCCAUCUUUUUUAAUAUAUAUUACACUGCACUCACAACGUACACAUAAAAUAGGUGAAAAUAUAUAAAUAGGUUAGUUUAAAUGUUUCAGUGUGAAAUUACCUAACAUUUUGUAAUGAAUAAUGAAUUUCUGGUUGAGAAAAAAAAAUAUGGCUUAUUUUCAAAAGUUUUAGUCUUACAAGUCUACAGAUUUAGCAGACAUCGGUAAAUGUUAUUAAAUAACUUCCAGUGGGGUCAAAGUUUGAGGUUUUUGAUAGAUAACACCACAAGCUUGAAACAUGUAUGGGGUACCUGUAAAAAAAAAAAAGUACUAAACUUUUGUGCGAAACUAGGGGUGUUGUAAAAUAGUAGGGGCUGUUAUUGUUCAUAAAGCCGGAACCUACAUGUAGCUGUUCGGGGUCGUAUUUUUGUCAAAAUGAUAGAACACAUUUAGAGUUGCAGCCCUUAGCUUGGUGGUCGCUACCCUGUUGGAAGGACUACAGAUGGACAAGUGGAUAACUAUUUGAUUAGUUUUACAGUCCAAACCGGAUCCAGUUCAUGAAAAUAUGGCAGAAGAGCCACCCAAGAAGAAACAAAAUGUUCGUUAUCCAGGAGAAAGUGAGGAAGCUUACCCUGAUGUCUUUACGGUGAUGCCGCCUCAGCCAAAGGAGAAGAAACCUGGGCAACUACCUGAAGAAUCAAUAAAGCAAUACUUCGACAAGGGCUAUGUCAUAGUGGAGGACUUUUUCAGUAAGGAUGAUCUCGAUGCUUGUCGAGAGUCUGUGAGGGAACAGGUUGAUAGACUGGCACAGAAACUGUUCAACGCUGGCAAGAUAAAAAAUUUGUAUAUGGAUCAAGGCUUCUUUCAAAGACUGAUCAAGAUAGAAGAAGACUUUCCUGGCGCAAAUAUUUUGUUACACAAGAGUGGAGAGUUCCCUCCAGCUUUUCAGAAACUCUGGUCCAACCCUCGGUUGCUGAAUGUCAUUGAGCAACUGAUUGGACCAGAUAUCAUGGGUCACCCUGUUUGGAAUCUGAGAACAAAAACUCCAAAUAACGAAGCAACAAUUGUUCCAUGGCAUCAAGAUUCGGGGUAUCUGGACACCCGAUCCUAUGGUGUGCUCCAAGUUGGUGCAUGGAUUCCACUGUUGGAUGCUACAGAGGAGAACGGUUGUAUGCAGAUAGCUGCUGGUGGACAUAAGAAAGGCCAGGUGGCUCAGCAUAAGUGUUGUUAUGGUGGUACGUGGUACGUCAUGUUAGAAGAAGAGGAAAUGGCUAAGACACUGGGAGUUAAUCUGGAGAAAGACUUGACAGUGUGUCCAGUUCCUUAUGGUGGAAUGUUGCUCUUCAACAAUAUGUUACCACACAAAAGUUUACCAAACAAGUCUAAAGACAUUAGGUGGAGCCUUGACCUGCGCUGGCAGACGCCAGACAAGAAUGUCGGCUUCUAUGAUUUGAAGCCAGGGCUGCUGAUGCAGAGUUCUAAGGAUCCUGAUUUUAAGAUUGACUGGGAUUCAUUUAAUAAGAUUGACAGACAUAAAGAGCAGACGAAAUCUCUUUCUGGGACCCAAGGUAGCUGAAGACGAAUUUGACACCACAGUACAUGGACCAUGGAUGAAACAGUGGGAGAUCAUUCACGUCAACAGACACACAGAUGCACUGGACAGUGAUACAGCUUGGACGAAGGCAUAAUCGGAAAAGAUCAAGAUUAUUUCAUCUUGAAAUUAUUUUCCUAUGCAGAUCUAUACUUACUGCAGCUUGUAUACUUAUUACACAAUUUAUUGUCUAUUAUAUACAUUGAUGAUACUGCUCCUAAUAAACAAUGCUAUACAUAUCAUUUAAUAACAUGUAUCAACAUUCAUGUGGGACUGUCAUGUUAGUAAUUUAUUUUUCUUCUAAUCAAAUGUCAUGGCAUCACAUGUCUCUAGGAACUUCAGGUCUCAGACAUUCCAGAGUGUUAUAUUCCUAGAUUUAUUAUGCAAAAUCUAUAAUGAUGAUAAAUAUUAACUUCAUGAAAUUUGUGAAACUCAUUUGGGAAUUGUAUUAUUAACAAUUUACUUAGAAUUUUUAUAGUCCAGACUUUAACGUCAUGGCAAUGCCAUUCAGAUAGCAUGACGUUAAAGUCUGGACUUUAUUAAAGUCUAGACUUUAAGUUUUAUAAGCACGGGCCCAGGUACAUGUAUCUUUUUUAGGAUUUUUUGUUUUGUAGUGUUGUUUUUAUAAAUGAAUCUUCAUAGUAGUGUAUUUAUUAUGGGUAUUAUAAUAAUUAGCUACAGAAUUUCUGUUGACAAUAAUAGGUAAAUUAACUUCAUAAAUGUGCCCUGAGAGAUUAAUGAAACUCAUUUGACAUAAAUAUUGACAAUCCACAAACCUUUUUUUAUAAAUUUAUUUACAUAAUGCUCAAAUACUAGUCUUUGUUUAUGUCUUUUAGUUUUUAAUUUACAUUUACUACUCUUUACUAAUGUGUUUUAAAAUGUAUUUACAUUGUAUUCUUCAUGUGUAUUUAAUGAUAAUUAUCUACUAAUGAUUAAGGCAGCUCUGUUAUGUUAGGGUGGGACAUUGUAGCC